AACCGAUUGAGAGACAUGCCCGCAUCUGACGACGGUACAUUUUGCCGAGGGAAUGUCAACAAACUGGUCGUGCAGCUGGACAAGUCAAUUGCGCAGCGCGGGAAGGAUCCCUUAACAUGGACAUGGAGCUGCCCUUGCGCCCGCAAUUGCCACAUAAUUCAAGUUCGAACGACCCGGAAUUUCUGCAUGAUCUGGGUUUGCUGGAUCUACUCGAAAACGACCCCCGGCCAACGUUCGCAUUGGACACCACGAGCGCACGGAACUCGGUCCUCGGACUCUAUCCAGUCUUCUCUAACGCUGCGCUUGAAAAGUCAGGAACACUGUGGGGCGCCAUAAGCGGGAGUCACGAUAAUCACAUGAGUUUGGGGGAAGAUGCUACAUCUGUGUCGCAUUUCCGGAACUGGUCCUGUCGAAAGCCCUCGACUCUAGACAAACCUUUAACUUUCUGCGGCCACAGUUGGACAAGAUGCUUGAUCGCUCAGCGUUGGAUAGUUGUGAGCGGACAAGCCAUCAAGGCGGGUGGGGGAUUGAAAGCAAACGAGAGAUCUCUAUCUAAGAAGAUCUCUAGAUCAAACUUCGCGACAUUCGAUUGGACAGACGACCCUCCUCCGGCAAAGUUAUCUCCACACGUCGCCUGGGCACGAAGCAUCGACUGGGAAAAUACACCUCUGGGCCCUAUGCGAGAGUGGUCUCCCCAGCUUCGUAGCAAUGCCAGUCUUAUCAUGAUGGAUCCACGGGCAGCGGUCGGAUUCUACGGACCUGAACUUAUUAUGAUCUACAACGAACCCUACAUUGAGCUCCUUGGUGGUCUGCAUCCAUGCAUUGGACGCAGUGCUCGGGAGGCUUUGGCACAAGUCUGGAAUGAAUUCUUUGAGCCAAUUAUAAAGCGGAAUCUUGCUGGCGAGACUGUCGAUAACUCUCAUACAGAGAUUCCACUGGUGCGCAACGGCUACCUGGAGGAGACUUACUUCUCCACUCGCUUCAUACCGAUCUUCGAUUCUCAAGGUGCUACGAUUGGCCACUAUGAACCAGUCGUCGAAUCGACUAAAGAAGUUCUUUUGGAGAGACGCUUGGGUACCCUUAUGGAACUAAGCCAGGAACUGCCUCGAGCCCGCGACUCCAACGCCUAUUGGGACCAUGCUGUGCAGGUUUUCUCUCGUAACAGCAAAGACGUUUCAUCUGCGCUGUUCUAUUCCACUGAGGCAGACACCAGUAGCCAGGACUCGACCACUAUAGACAGUGCGACAGACAGCCAGUAUCAGUGUAAACUCCGACGAUCCAUUGGCGCGAUCGGAAACCCCGUCUCCCGCAUCGAUAAACUUGACCUAAGGGAAUUCGAAGGAACGAUCAAACUGUUUAAAAAGGCCAUCAUCGCUGAUCUGCCCAUUACCGUGGAUCUGCUUGCAGACCCUGAUGCACAGGACUUAGCAAAAGCACUCCGACCGCAGGGCUCGGACGACGUCUGUAAGCUUGCGGUAAUAUGUCCUCUUCAUCUGCCGUCUUCGAAAGAAACCAUACUCGGAUUCAUGGUCAUCGGGUUGAGCCCUAGACGGCCGUAUGACAAAGCCUACUCGCAAUUUAUCUAUGAAGCAGCUCGUUUAGUCUCCGCUUCAUUGACAUCACUGAUACUGCACGAAAAAGACAUCGGACGCAGAGAAAAGGCCAUCACUACUGCCGAGCUCAUCAAGACCGAGCUCAGACAACAGCUAGCAGAAUCUCAGCUGGAGGUAGAUCGCGGCCACACAAAAUUCCAGCGGUUUGCUGAGAGGAGCAACAUCGGCAUCUUCAUCCUCAAUAUGGAUGGCGUCUACUCUUACCGCAACGAAGCCUGGUACAACAUUCUCUGCUCAAAUGAAGAUACGUCAUAUAUCGAAUUAGAGCAAGUAUGGAAUGACUUGAUCGAUAAUGAAUACAUCGCGUCCGGCCAAGCCAUGUUUGAAGCGCUUGCAGCUACGAAAGAAGCACAAUCUUUCGAGUUGCGUUUAAAAAAUACAUGGCGUGUAGCAAGCAACAGCAUCAACGACUCGUUACCCGAGAUACAGCCCAAAUGGGUACUUUGUUCGAUCUUUCCAGAACUAUCUGAAGAGGGUGAGAUUCUGGAAAUCAUCGGCUGCAUAACUGAGAUCUCUCAGCAGAAGUGGGGAGAGGAGUUGCAAGCCAUCCAAGCUACGCAAGCAAAAGAAUCCAAGAAGCAGCUGGAAAGCUUCAUCGACACAACUUCUCACGAGAUGCGCAACCCGCUAUCUGCGAUCGUCCAGUGUGCAGAUAGUAUCAUAUCCUCGCAUGAAAUCCUAAAAGGAUUCGAAUGUUGCGAAGAUGACUACCAAACGACACUGCUUGCCACGCUUGAUUGUGCCGAGACUAUCGUUCAGUGCUCCAAGCAUAUGAAGACCAUAGUCGAUGACGUCUUGACCAUGUCAAAAUUAGACUCGGGUCUCUUCACCAUGACACCUAUCGACGUCGAACUCGAGUCGACCGCCCGCGACGCAGUCAAGAUGUUCGAGGGCGAGGCCAGAGCAGCCGGCGUGCACUUACAGCUCCACAUGGACGACUCGUGCAAACAACACAACCUCGCUAGAGUAUCCCUCGAUCCUACUCGCGUCCUCCAGAUCCUCAUCAACCUGCUCACCAAUGCCAUAAAAUUCACCCGCCUAGAAGCCAAGCGGGAAAUCAUAGUCACUCUCAGCGUCGCCCUCACGCGCCCAACCCACAACGCCGAUGGCCGUGUGUCAUACAUUCCGCGCUCCUCGGGCCACGAGGCCAAAACCCUGCUUGCAGACUGGGAGCAGGGCCAGAGCGUCUUCGUCCGCUUCUCGGUCCAGGACACCGGGACCGGCAUGACGGACGCCCAGCACCAUUUGCUUUUCACGCGCUUUUCGCAGGCCUCCCCGCGCACGCACAUCGACUACGGCGGCUCGGGUCUCGGGCUGUUCAUCUCGCGGCGCCUGACGGAGAUGCACGGCGGCGCGAUCGGCUUCACGUCCAGAAAGGGCGUGGGCAGCACGUUCAGCUUCUACGUGCAGAGUCGGUGCAGCAGUUCUGCUAUGCAGCGGCGCGAGACUGUCGACCCCGACUCAACGACGGUUGAUGGGGGGCUGCAGGCGCAUCGGACGCUGGUGCGGAGCAAGAGCUGUAACGAAACGACGCCGCACCCGAGCCCGACAAGUACUCCGACUGGGCAUGUUCCGGAUAGCGAUCUGCAUAUCUUGAUCGUGGAGGAUAAUCUGGUGAAUCAGCGGGUGUUGGCGAAGCAGUUGCGCGACGGAGGCAUGAAGGUCGCGGUCGCCAACCACGGCGGCGAAGCACUGGAGUACCUGCGGACGACGUGGUAUUGUAAGGGUGACGGAACGGGCAAGGCAUUAACUCUGAUACUAAUGGACUGGGAAAUGCCGGUCAUGAACGGGCUGGAGUGCGUGGCCAGCAUCCGAGCGAUGCAAGCCGGCGGUGCUGUCAACGGCCACGUGCCCGUUAUAGCAGUGACGGCGAAUGUCAGGUCGGAGCAGGUCGAGACCGCACUGCAAGCUGGCAUGGACGAUGUCAUCUCGAAGCCGUUCAGGAUACCGGAGCUAAGGGCCUGUAUACAGAAGACGCUGCGCACUGUGGCACCAGCUGAGACAGUACGAUAACUGCUGUUGGGGACUAGUUGAAUGAAGAUACAGGGCUCGAUUCAGAGAGGUACCGUAAACUCUCGCUUACAAAACCCGGGUAGUCUAGGCGAAACCCUGCUGGUGAACAAUAUUUAGGGGGUACUAUACUGCGGACAGGGUACUUACUAUAAGUAAGGGGGUACUCUAAUUAGGGGCCGCUAGAACAAUCUAAACUAUAGUUUGUUAGCUAGUGUUCCUCAGCAGAUGUUAAAUCCAACACGUCACCUUUUCCUGCACUGCAAUCGUGCAGGCAGCAGCAGCAGCUCUACCGCUACUACUACCACCUAUCUAUAGGCGUACCCAACGACUACUAACCAUGAAUCUAGCUACCUACAUAGAUUAAAUGAUAAUCCUUUUACUUACUUGAAUUCACUCUAUGCAAUACUGUAACUUACAUACAAAUCGCUAACAAAUUUAGUGUGAUAAUUAAGUCACCUGAGCA